AUGUCUCAGAAGAAAGACUAUUAUCCUUGCGUUUCCACGGCCGGCAGUAAGCCAACAAAAGCAUCAAUAGAAAGUGAGGGCGAUGGAAAAUUGUCACGGGACUUGAGUGAUAUGAGAGCACCAGAGGACACUUCAAAGAGAGAAAACGACGAAGCAAAUACACUGCCACAAUGCAGAAAGUCGAACACCAGCGGCGACACGUUAAUGUUGGAUGGAUCAUUUGGUCCGAUACAUAAAACAAUUGAGACGAGCAAGCACAAUUCAAAUCAGGUCGAACCACUUGAGACAGAGGAAAGAUAUAAUUUUUACCAGCUACGACCAAGGGAGCAUAUGAAAUAUGAUCAUAAAACUCGCUCUUCGCGGACCCCAUACAUGCAAAGCUAUGAUCAUUUCUUUCUCUUCUUGUUUUCUUUAUUAAUAGUUUGUUUCGUCCGUGUGUUGCUGCGGAAACUUUAUUUGAUUUUCUGA